AUGUCGACCCUCGUUCCCCCGCCUAGCAAGCGCCAGAAGGUCGCUGCGGCCGAAAAGGCUAGGGAGCAGCAGGAGAUCCAGAGUAUUCCCACCGAUCUCGGCAGCGUCCGCGUCCAAUUCUUCGACCAGGCCACCGGCAAUGCUACCGGACCUGCGGUCUCCGUCCCAGUGGCCGAUGCCAACACCAAGAACCUGGAGACCCUCUUGAAUACGUUACAAGGAAAUGACGACGAUGACCGUGUUCCGUACCGCUUCACCUACCAAUCCGACAAGGGCGAUCAGACAAUCGACAUUCUUGCGGACCUGUACCACUCGCUUCUCCAACCAGGGAUCAAGACCACCGAGGAUACUGUUUCCCUAUUUUUCACGCCGCAGGCGGUGUUCCGAGUCAAGGCGGUUUCGCGCUGCGCGGCCUCCAUUGCGGGACACGGCGAGGCUAUCCUCGCCACGUCUUUCUCCCCCAUUAACUCGUCUACGAUGGUGUCUGGAAGCGGUGAUUCCACAGCACGUGUAUGGGACUGCGACACGGGUACGCCGUUGCAUACAUUGAAGGGACACACCAGCUGGGUGCUAGCGGUGGCCUACUCGCCCAACGGAGCGAUGAUUGCCACCGGUAGUAUGGAUAAUUCGGUGCGAGUGUGGGAUGCGAAGAAGGGAGCUGCGCUCGGAGGUCCCCUCAAGGGCCAUGCGAAGUGGAUUACCAAUCUGGCUUGGGAGCCAUACCAUCUCCAGGAGCCCGGGUGCCCCCGCAUCGCUUCCUCGUCCAAGGACUCGACCGUCCGGGUGUGGGAUGUGGCAUCGAAGCGGAUCGAACAUGUUCUCACUGGACACAAGGGAUCGGUAACGUGUGUGAAAUGGGGUGGCACGGGCCAGAUUUAUACGGCGUCGCAUGACAAGACCAUUAAGAUCUGGAACCCGAAAGAUGGCACACUCAUCCAGACUCUCGCAUCGCAUGCUCACCGUGUCAACCACCUCGCUUUGUCCACGGACUUUGCUCUGCGUACUGCCUACCACGACCACACCGGCAAGGUCCCUUCGACUGACGCCGAAAAGGUGGCUGCCGCCCGGAAACGGUACGAACAGGCAGCGACCGUGAACAACAAGAUUGUUGAGCGGCUCGUGUCUGCCAGUGAUGACUUCACCAUGUAUCUGUGGGAGCCGUCGAGCUCUAACAAGCCCGUAGCCCGACUACUGGGCCAUCAGAAGGAGGUCAACCACGUCACAUUCUCACCGGACAUGGCAUACAUUGCGUCCGCCGGUUUCGACAACCACGUCAAGUUGUGGAAUGGACGUGACGGGAAGUUCAUCACGACCUUCCGCGGCCACGUCGGCGCCGUCUACCAGUGCUGCUUCUCCGCCGACUCGCGGCUGCUAGUCUCGUCCUCCAAGGAUACCACUCUGAAGGUCUGGGACGUGCGUACGGGCAAGCUGUCGACGGAUCUGCCGGGCCACAAAGAUGAGGUGUUUGCCGUAGACUGGAGUCCCGACGGACAGAAGGUCGGCAGCGGAGGCAAGGACAAGGCGAUUCGGAUCUGGCGGAACUAA